UCUCUUCCCAGGAAGCUCUGUCUCUGAUACACUCUUUCAAACAACCAUGCCUCUCCAACGUCAAGCCUUCAAAUACAUGAAACAAAAACCCUCCAUUGUUAUUCCCUCCAAAACUUCACCUUCUUCAACCCCCAUACACCAUCCAUACAUUUCACAACUCCUCGCCACACCCAACUGGGCUCUCCUACUAAACCACCACCUCUUCUCAAACCCCCACCUCCUCAACCCUCGCUCCGCCGUAACCGUCUUCAACAACCAACGCAAUGCCUCCCACGCCAUCAAGUUCCACGCCUGGCUUUCACAUGUCAACCCCUCACUCGCCACGCACUCCUCAGUGCAACGCGCUCUUCGGAACACUCUGCACCGUAACGGCCCCGCCGUGCUGUCGCUCGAGUUGCUCCGUGACGUUCACAAUUCCGGGUUUCGGCUCACCGAGGACCUGCUCUGCGCGUUGAUCGGAAGCUGGGGAAGGCUCGGUUUGGCAAAUUACUGCGCUCAUGUUUUCGGUCAAAUAUCGUUCUUGAGUCUCACACCUUCCACUAGGUUGUACAACGCUCUUAUUGACGCUUUGGUGAAAUCCAAUUCAAUUGACCUUGCUUAUCUCAAAUUCCAACAAAUGCCUGCGGAUAAUUGCCGCCCCGAUAGAAUUACCUAUAACACCCUCGUUCACGGGGUUUGCAAGAUUGGCGUGGUGGACGAGGCGCUUCGGUUAAUCAGACAGAUGAACGAUAAGGGACAUUUGCCUAAUGUGUUCACUUAUACAAUGCUUAUUGAUGGGUUUUGUAACGCCAACAGGGUUGGUGAAGCGUUUGGGGUUUUUGAGACGAUGAAGGAGAGGGGAGUUGGUCCUAAUGAAGCCACUGUGAGAGCGUUAGUCCACGGGGUUUUUCGCUGCGUGGAUCCAGGUAAGGCACUUGAUAUGUUGUUAUCUAAGUUUUUAGAUAGGGAGCUGGAGCAGGAGCGUGUUCAUUUUAAGUUAGCUUGUGAUACUGUGUUGUAUUGCCUUGCGAGUAAUUCUAUGGCGAAAGAGAUGAUUGUGUUUCUGAGGGAGGUUCUGGGAAGAGGUUAUGCACCUGAUAGCUCUGUUUUCAAUGUCAUAAUUGCUUGUUUGGUUAAGGGAGACGAGCUGAGAGAGUCGUGUGACAUAUUUGAAAUUUUGAGAAAGCAAGGUGUGAAGGCCAGCAUUGGUACAUACCUUGUACUUAUGGAGGCGUCGUAUAAAAGAGGAUGGAGAGAGGACGGGGAUCGAGUUUUUGGUCAAAUGAUUAGUGAUGGGCUAAUUUCUAAUGUUGUCUCAUAUAACAUGAUAAUCAAUUGCUUCUGCAGAGCCAAAUUGACGGAUAAUGCUUCUGAGGCUUUCAGAGAUAUGCAGGUUAGAGGUUUUGUUCCCAACCUUGUUACUUUCAAUACCCUUAUUAAUGGGCAUUGCAAGGAAGGAGAAAUAGUUAAGGCACGGGAGCUGUUGGAGAUGAUGCUUUUAGAAACUGGGCUUAAACCUGAUAUCUUCACUUUUAGCUCUAUAAUUGAUGGACUCUGUCGAAUAAAGAAGACUGAGGAAGCUUUUGGAUGCUUUACGGAGAUGAUUGAGUGGGGCAUCACUCCAAAUGCCGUCAUUUAUAAUAUCUUAAUUCGGUCUUUUUGUGCCGUUGGGGAUGUUGCAAGGUCAGUGAAACUAUUAGGAAGAAUGCAAAAGGAAGGAGUAAGCCCUGACAACUACUCCUAUAAUGCUUUGAUCCAAAUCUACUGUAGGAUGAAUAAAGUUGAUAAAGCUAAAAGGCUUUUUGAUUCAAUGUCAAGAUCUGGCUUGAAUCCGGACAAUUACACUUAUGGUGCUUUUAUAGAGGCCCUCUCUGAAUCUGGGAGAUUAGAGGAAGCCAAGAAGAUAUUUUACUCAAUGGAGGCAAACGGUUGCUCUCCUGAUUUGUAUAUAUGUAACUUGAUUAUUAAAAUAUUGGUUCAGCAGAACUGUAUUGAAGAGGCACGAAACAUCAUGGAAAGAUGCAGACUUGAGGGAAUAUCUUUAGAUUCUAUUCCUAAUUAGUGAGACUAAUUUCCUUCUAGUUUCUCGGGUGCUGCUACAUUAUUGAGCUUUUGAAUGUGAAGAUAUUGAUUCUAGGUAUAUGUACCUCAGAUUAUAAAGCCCUGUUCAUAUGGAAAUCUUGUUAUAUAGUGGGACACAAGAAUUAUUUAUGUUUAUGUAUGGAUGUACCUUUUGGCCAUUCAAACACCAACAAAAAAGAGUACAAUAAGGAAUUCAUUUUUUCUUCAUUCAUCGGUGACUCUCCAUCAUCAUUUUUAGAAAGAGCUUGAUCUAAAGGCCGCCCUUCUUACAAAGAGCUUGAUCUAGAGGGCUUUGAUGGACGUGACUUGGUUAUCGUUUUAUACCAUGCCUCUAGUCUUGCUAUGCUUAUCUUACUAAUUGUGCUGUUGUUUUGGAGUCAACAAACAACACCUUUUUCCACUGUUUUCUCCAUUAGUGGAUUAACAUUGAUCACCUUACAAACACCAACAUUAAACAGUGGAGGCUGUAUCAACCCACCAUAGCCAGAGGUCCAUCUUUCACUUGUGACCCAUCCUGCAAUUGAAGAGCACGAAUUUGAUGGCACUCUUGACUGGAAAACCUGGGAUACCAAAUUUUGUGGUUAUGGCAGUCUCUUAUGAUGUUGGUAGUUUCAUUGGACUGGGUUUAUAUUGGUUCUAAACUAAUAUUUGUUCUAGACUAUUAUGAGGGGUGUGGAUCAUACAGGUAUCCCUUUAUCGAUGAAGUAUAUAAUCUCUCUCUUGUCGUCCUUUUUCACUUCCAGGCCACCCAACCCAAAUAAUUUAAACUGGCUCCAUACAGCUUUCCUCAUAAUAGCACUGGUCACUGGGUCUGUAUGCAGCUUGUUGCAUUUUCCUUUCAAUUUUACAUGGUAACAGUGAAUUACAUUUGUAGCAUAUUCAUUUAAUGAAUCAUCAUCUUCAAAGAUCACAUCUACAAAACUGGUAAUAAUUUUAUUCCUUGACCAAGGCGCUUUUAUUAUUAGAAGUUAUAACCUUUUUUGUUGUGAGGGAAGGAUGGGGGUGGUUGCUACUUCUAGACUUUGUGUUGGCAUUUUAUUAUGAGUUUCCGGACAUUAUAAAUCAUCUGAUGUGAAGAUGCUGGAUAUAAGAGGACUUAUGAUUUCCCAAAGAGCAUUUCAGUGAAACCAUGCUGCCAAGUUCUAUGUUAAAUUACAUUUAUUAUUUUUUGCAACUUGACAUAUGUACUUUUACCGUUAAAAUUAUUUUGAAGAUGAAAUUCAAUGAACUAUAUGUGACACUGGUAUUACUAAAAUUUUCAGAACGAGGUUUAUCAACGUAACUUUUCUUUUAUUCUUUGCAGGUUGAGUAUCGCCAGUUUCUGAAUUGCCUGAAUAAUUCAACUCCUUUCUCAAUUGUGUGUCACAAAUAUAAUGGCUUUAUCGACCGUAAAGUCUCAAUGAUCAAUAUUUGAGUUGAGGUGGUCAUAACGUGACUGACCAUCCUGGUGGAAUAAGAGAUUGGUAAACAUUUUGGAUUCCAGUCAUAAUGCAAUUCAACUAUAUUCUUCGAUUCAGAACUGUCUUAAGAUGUCAGCGGCCUCAAACUUGUUCCUGUUAAGUGUGAAGAAAAACAUAAGCAAGACUAUUUCCAGCAUCAAAGAUUUGUAGGGCUGCCCUAGAGAAGCAACCAAGCCUUGGAAUACUGCUUUUAAAAGAUAGUUCUCUUCUAUGAUUAUGACUGAUGAUGGCGUGUUUUGCUUUUGCUGUGGCUGCUUUAUGACGUUUGGAGUGUUGUUGACGUUUGAGGUUGAAUAAUUUGUGUCAGUAAGUGGCACAGGUUGAAAAAGAGAAGUGUACUGGUAGCACCUACUUGGUAUUAAGUAAUUUUUCAAUCUGUAGUGAAAGAUAAACUGUUAUGCAUAAAUGCCAGAACAGAAGACUUCGUGCUGAACCAAAGAAAAGUAUAUGGUUGUGUGCUUAUUAGCAUGCUUCUAUCCAUGAAGUUAUUUAUCAGGAUUUUGCGUUCCAUUCUAACCAUUAUAGGAAAAUCCCAAUACACAAAAUUAGAGUUACAGUAAGAAUAGGGGCAAACCUUAGGAACCUUGUUGAUUAUUGGUAAUAUGUUGAUGACAUGAAAUUUGAUCGGUUUCACCCUUUGUUGUUUUGUA